GUUAGACAUGCUCUAACCCUAUCAAUCGAUCGACGCGAAGGAGGCGGAGUCCAAAUCCAAGGCGAGGAUCUACCUAUCGUCCGGUCGAGACGAGACCCACCAGCUAGCGAUGGCGGCUGCGGCAGCGCUCAGGAACGUCGGCCGCGCGGCGCUCCGGCAAAGAGGAACGCUCGCCCAGGCCGAGCGCAGAAGGCUUUUCGCUUCCAGGCCUUCAACCAUUGAAGAGAAAGAAGAAGCCAGGCUCCAUUUGAUGCAAAUCGAUUCGAAGAAAGAGGAGCUGUUUGAUUUAAUGGCUAGCUUUAAUGCGAGGUACAUGAUCCAUGGCAGCCUUGCAGAAACCAAUGGUCUUCUGCUGGAGCAACUCUCGAUGGCAGUCGACCCCAGACCCCAUGAUCCUCAAUGGCGCUGGUUGCAAGGAGUUCAAAGGUUCCGUCGUGUCAUGACGUACCUGGGGAUAUGUACUUUUUGCACUACGGUUUCGGUUGGUUUGCCCUGGUUGAUCAAAGAUCCUAAGCCAAAGAAGAUAGCCCGGGACGUGUGGACUGCGCUACAGCAAUGAAGUGAUUACCUUGCCUGGUUGGUUGUCUACUAUUACCUAUAUUCGUUAAUGUAAGAUCUUUUGGCCAACUAAAUUAGUUUGCCAAAACGUCCUAUAUUAUGGAAUGGAGGUAGUAGUAGUUAUGCAUAUUAUGGAAUGGAGGUAAUAGUAGUAGUUAUGCGGUGGAAUAUGUACUAAAUCUCUAUGUAAGAGAGCACUCAUUAAGAGAGUAUCUUUUCCGUUUGGUCGUCUACUAGUUGUCUGGUGGAAUCUGUACUAAAUGUCUAGUAUAGUAUAACAGAGUCUUUAGUGCUUUAGCUAACUGGACGAUCUCCCAUGUCUUAUAAGACAGGAAUCAAUCCUGAUCUGGUUGUAACCUGUAAGACUAAUCACAAUGGGGAGUAUCAUAUAGUAGUAUCAUGCAUAUGGUACUACUGUGUGAUACUAUCUUCACAAUGCAUAGUAUCAUGUAGUAGUAUCAUAGAUUACUUAUAUUUAGUGAUUUGUAGAAUCUCAAUGCAAAAGUGUGUACAAGAUUGCUUUGACAUUAAUUUUUCUAGUUCUACGUGCUAUGAUACAGUAUCUACCUAUGAUACUACUACCAUCUCUUUCUUCAUUUAUUGAUGUGACACAUCAGCUUUUUACAUGCAUGUGAUGCAUGAUACUAGCUAUGAUACUCCCAUUGUGGGUA